UGAGGAGGCGUGGUUUACACCGGACAUGAUGUAAUGCGAUGCUCACUAUAAGAAAACAUGUGCAAACGUGCAAGUCGUCAUUACGCUUCAACUCUCUGACAUGGUUCGUGCGAUACUCGUGUUCGCGUUUGCGACAUUCGUUUGCAACUUUUCGUCAUUGCAUUGCUCGCCAUCUAAGUGUGACAAGUGGAAGAAGCUCACGGAGAAGAGGAACCCUCGUUUCAAAACACAAGCUGGAGGAGGACGUCUUACAUGCCACGAACUUUCUAGAACUUAUGUUUCAAAAUGCGAUGGUCACAUGCUUGUCCCGAAACGCGGUAAGAGUGGCUAUUCUGAAGCGAUUAGCGACCGAAUGACAUCGAUGAAUCACAAUGUGACAUGGCGCAUUGGCAAUGCUGGUGAGGGAUGUGGAUACCGCAAGAAUGUGCAGUGCACGUGGCGCUUCCCGGUGAAAUCUGGCGACACCGGUCACGUGCUGUUCUGGCUCACUGGGUUGGAAUAUCAUCACAACUGCACGAAUGACUACAUUGUGGUCGAUGUCUUUGUUGACAAACGGGUGUCUCAUGAAAAGGUUCCAGCUAACUGCGUUUCUGUGCCAAAAUUACCUCAUCACUGUAGAAUCGAGUACAAGUUGGGAUGUGGAUCGUUCUGUGAUCCAACUUUUACCGAAUGCAGACGUCCUUCUGUUUUAUGCAAAGAUCAGUCAAGUAGCUGUGAUCAAACAUCAUCAGGUGGCGUUUUUAGACUUUCAACAGCACAGCCAGAACUCAGUAGUUUGAAGAUUGAUUACAUGCACGUCACCUUCGUUUCUGACAGUUCAGCAACAUGCUCUGGAUUUGAAGGCAUGUUUACAGCAUUCAGAUCAGGCUGGUCGGGAGCAGUUAAUUUUGGUAUACCACCUACUGAGAAUGGAAAUCCCGAUCAACCUCCAUUACCUUUUGAUAAAUGGCUGAGGGGCCAAAAAGAUUACAUCCAAGGUUAUAAUUCUAGUUAUCGACCUGACUUCACAUAUGCUCAAAACUAUUCCUCAGAAGAUCGAAUCAGAAUUUUGGCCCACGGAAGCCAAGACACCAAAUUUCUGGACAAACUCAAGAAGCACAGCUUAUUCGGUCCCAUAGUACAAGGGAACUAAUUACAACUUGAGAGAGAAGAAAGAGUGAGACAGCACUAUGUUACUACUACAACAUUAAAGUAGUUACUAUAUAAUACAGUUAAAACAUUUUUCAAUUGGUAUCAUUAUUACUGGGUAUUAUCAGUUUUAUUCUUUGACUUUGAUGCAUUCAUAACUUUAUUAGCAGAAUUUCGUAGAAGUAAUAGUAGGAAAGUAGAGAUUUCUGUUGUAAAAUUGUAGAGUCAAA